CCAUAUCCACAUAUACAUAAAAACCAGGAGAGAAGAACAGGGAAAUGGGUGGGUGGGUGGCGAGAUUCGACCACCUCCUCCACAAGCACGGCCACCGCCAUCACCGCUACCACCACCAACAACAACGAUUCAUGUGGACGACUAGGCUGCAGCCCUGGCCCUUCAUUCCUCCUCCACCCACUUUACGCCGAUACCAUCCUCGCCACCACAUUCCUCUCUCUGCUUUUCCACGACCCGUCGUCUCUGUUGCUGCCUCCUCCUCCUCCAGCACUGCUGCCACCGCCGCCACCGUUACCAGCGACUCACAUCUUCAGUACCUCUGUAAGCAACGCAAUCUCGAAGAAGCUGUCCGCUUUCUUCUGAGUCUAGAGGACGGGCGCCAACUGAGCCAGCAAACCUAUGAAUCCCUCAUCCUCGCCUGCACGCGCCGGAAGGCUCUCCGGCUCGGCCGGGUCGUCCAGCGGCACCUCAUCGAUCACGGGCUCGCCCAAGACACCUUCCUCGCCACGAAACUUAUCAAUAUGUACUCUGCUUGCGACUCCAUUAACGAAGCUCGACUUGUCUUCAAUGCCGUGGAGAAACCGUCCAUCUUCUUGUACAAUGCUCUUAUUCGGGCGUUCGCCCUGAUCGGCCACUUCGACGAGUCCCUCGCUCUCUUUCGGCAAUUGAUCGACGACGCUGCCGUCGACAUCGACCGGUUCACUUAUCCCUACGUUCUGAAGGCUUGUUGCGCCUCCGAGCUGCUUGGCCUUGGGAAGCAAAUCCAUGGCCAUAUUCUUCGGAAAGGAUUCGAGUCCGACGUCUACAUCUCCACCACCCUGGUUGAUAUGUACGCGAAAUGCAGGCGCAUUAAAUAUGCGCGGAGAGUGUUUGUUGAAAUGCCUGAGAAGAAUGUCGUCAGCUGGAGUGCGAUGAUCGCAUCCCAUGUGAAGAACGGGCGAAUAGAGGAUGCUUUGGAGAUUUUCCGGGAGAUGAUGGACGUGGGGAUCUCUCCCAAUUCUGUCACUCUGGUUAGCAUUCUUCAGGGGUUUGGAACGUUGUCUGCUCUGGGUCAGGGGAAAACGGCUCAUGCCUUUGUUCUACGGAGGGGAUUGGAGUCGAUUUUGUCGGUUAGGAACUCACUUGUGGCAAUGUACGCGAAAUGCGGUGCCUUGGUUGAUGCAAGGAAAGUGUUCGAGCGAAUGCCUAAGAGAGACACGGUUUCUUGGAAUUCCAUGAUAGCUGGCUAUGGUGUCAAUGGGCUUGCAGCAAAGGCGAUUGGCGUUUUCGAGGAGAUGAUUCAAGCUCGAAUACCACCUAGCGAGGUUACGUUCUUGAGCUUAUUGGGUGCUUGCAGCCAUGUUGGUCUGGUCGAAGAGAGUCUCCGAUUCUUCGAAUCCAUGGAGAAGCAGUAUGAUAUUUCACCAUGGGUAGAGCAUUAUGCUUGCAUGGUUGAUAUCCUCGGUCGAGCUGGACUAUUGGAAGAGGCAGCUAAGCUCAUCGAGAAAAUGCCAAGUGAACCUAGUGCAACCGUCUGGGGUGCGCUUCUUGGUGCAUGUAGAAUUCAUGGCAACGUAGAGCUAGCAGAGAGAGCAACACAGUUCCUUUUCGAGUUGGAGCCGUUGAACGCUGGUAACUAUGUACUGCUUGCCGACAUAUAUGCAAAAGCAGGAAGGUGGGAAGAUGUUGCUAGGGUGAAGAGAAUGGUUGAAGAAAGAGGGUUGCAAAAGGUGUCGGGUUGCAGUUGGAUAGAGGUUAGGAAGUGGAUCUAUUCUUUUGUUUCACUGGACCAACCGAAUCCUCAAAUUGAGCAGGUUCAUGCUUUGCUGCUUAAGAUUUCAAGAGAGAUGAAACAAAGGGGUUAUGUCCCCAAUACUGAUAUUGUACUUUAUGAACUUCAGCAACAUGAGAAGGAGCAGGUCCUACUGGGACACAGUGAAAAGUUGGCUCUAGGUUUUGGCCUCAUCAAUACCAGCAGCCCUGAGAUCAUCCGGAUAACCAAGAACCUUCGCCUGUGCGAAGACUGCCACUCGAUGACAAAGUUCGUUUCCGAGUUUACAGGGAGGGAAAUUCUUGUGCGUGACGUGAAUCGCUUCCACCAUUUCAAAGAUGGAUCUUGUUCAUGCUCGGAUUAUUGGUGAUAGCUAAAACACUCGGGAUGGCAUCACUUCAGAGACGGAUUGGGUUCCCAUUGUGGUUAUUUACAAUGGCUGAACCCUCAGAUUGAUUCGUUUUUUGAUGACCAUAUACAUGACUACAUGUUCUUCCAGCUUAAGACAACCAUGACCAGGAGGAGCGAUGGAGCGGUGACUGAUUGAUCUUCAGUGAAGUUAAUGGUUCCGUUGAUAUACAAAAGAAACUAGCAAUAUACAGAAGAAAUUAACAGCUUAACUCUCGAUAACAGAGAAGUGAUCUCCAAACUCAGCCUAGUGGGCCUUCUGCUCUUUAAAUUGGUAUCACUGGUUUUGGCUCAUCAAACGUGGGCCGCAGUUAAGAAAUCAAAAGAGUACUUCUACAUGGUCCAACCAGCAACCAGAUCUUUAAUUUUGAUGGGUGGUGUUGGAGAAUAGUCGACUCAUGUGGAUCGAGACCAGGCUCGCCUAGAGAAAGAAUAGAAUUCCAAUUGACAGCAGUAGAGAAUUGGAACUAUUGCUCUCCAAGUUGGUGCCAAGUUAUUCUUGUCAAGAUUUUAAAGAUUUUGAUGGGAAUAUGGUUGUGAUCUGGAACUUUAAUUCUGUAUUCCGAAACCUUCCAAUAGUUAAAGACUGUAACUAAUGUAAAAAAAUUUUAUUCUUUUUUUGCUUGUAAGGUUCUUAAAAGAACACGAUCUUCGACGGUUGAAGCGAUGCGUAAUAUGAUACUCAGCAAAAAAAUUCUUCUCUUCUGUUUCUGGUUCA